UCAUGCGCAGACGCAACUAACCGCUCGCGGUAACUGACGGCGUCAACUGGCUGUGUGUGUUGUUGGGCUUUCUUCGUGUAAUCUGUACAAGAAUGGGUGACAGUGACGAAGAAUACGAUCGAAGAAGGGGAAGAGACAAGUUCCGCAGGGAACGUAGUGAUUACCAAGAAAGACGUGACGACAGAAGCCGUGGCCGAGACGACUGGCCGGAGAGGGACUCAUGGAAUGCUCGUGAGGUCCGAAGCCGUCGUGACUAUCGUGACUACGACGUAGGAAGCCGCAGGCGGGAACGUUACAGCCCGACGAGGCAUGAGUUGAGUCCGCCUGUCAAGCGCAUGCGCAGAGACUGGGAGGACCGGGGAGGCUAUGGAGGAGGAGGAGGAGGCGGAGGGGGCUUUGAGGGGGGCUUUCCCCCUGUGGUGGGAGGGCCUCACCAUGGAGGAGGGCCCUGGGCGGGACCCGGGGGCCCGCAAGACAUGGGCCACGUGCCCCACGGAGGCUAUGGAGGCCACGGGGCUGCGGCCAUGGCUGGGGGUCCCAGCAGAUUCAGGGAUCCGGAGCAGGGACUGACGCAGCCGCCCAUGAUGACCUUCAAACAGUUCCUGAGCUCACAGGAUGACACCAUCGACGACCAAGAAGCUGUCCGAAAGUACAACGAGUACAAGAUGGAUUUCCGCCGGCAGCAACUCAACGAGUUCUUUGUCAACCACAAAGAAGAAGAAUGGUUCAAAUCCAAGUACCACCCUGAAGAAUGCGGCAAGCGCAAGGCCGAGCAGGCUGCUGGCCUAAGCAGGCGCCUUGACGUCUUCCUCAGGCUCCAAGAGGCUGGUUGGAUUGAUGCUGUGAGCAUCGACGUGGAGAAAUCUGACAAAAUAGUGCGGCUUCUUGAUGCAGUGGUGAUAUUGCUGGAGGGUGGGACAGAGUUUGACUUGCAAGUCCUGGAUGAGCCUUGUACAGAAGAGAAGCCCAAAGACUCGGACCAAUUCCCUCCAACAGGGCCAAAGGAGGAAGGUCUGCCAGCCGUGAAAUCGGUGGAGUCCGAGAAUGAAGGGACUGCUGCAUCGCCUCAGCGUUCCGAAGGAACCAAUCAUGAUGAUGAAAAUGCGAAGGGUGAAGAUGGAGAAGGGGAAGGAGGAAGUAAGGACAAGGAAAAGCGACAGAGGAAAUACAGUUACAGUGAGGACAACAGCAGUUCGAGUUCGAGCAGCGACAGUUCAGACGAUGACGACGACCCGGACUCUGGGGUUCCCGGUGAGGAAAGCGGCAGUGAAACAAAGAGCAAAAAGAAGAAGAAGAAGAAAGUUCCUGCAAAAGAAGAAGAGGACAAAGCGGAAGAAGAGAGUGUGAAGAAAGGGGAAGAGGCUCCCAAGGAUGCCUCCAUGGAGGACGAGGAGGACGAAGAAGAGAAAGAGGCUGCAGGUGGAGAUGAUGCAGAGGCAAAGGAAGAGAAGAGUGUGGCAUCGGGAGGAGAAGAGGAGCAGGAAGAGAAGGAAGACAGAGAUGCUGCUGAAGGGAAAAAGGAGGAGGAAGAAGAGGACGAACCCCUUAAGCCUCGCCCCUUCCACAAGACCUGCUCCAUUUUCCUCCGCAACCUUGCACCGACGAUAACGAAGGUUGAAGUCGAAGCCAUGUGCAAGCGGUACCCAGGCUUCCUACGCGUGGCCAUUGCAGACCCGCAGCCCGAGCGGCGUUUCUUCCGCCGCGGCUGGGUCACCUUCGAGCGGACCGUCAACAUAAAGGAGAUAUGCUGGAACCUCAACAACAUACGGCUGCGGGACUGUGAACUUGGUGCCAUAGUGAACCGGGACUUGAGCCGGAGAAUACGAUCUGUGAAUGGCAUUGCCUCGCACAAGACCGUGGUGCGGUCUGAUAUCAAGUUGUCCGCACGCAUCAUUCAGAACCUGGAUAGCCAACGAGGACUUUGGGAUGGUGCGGGGAAAGAUUCCAAUGCAAAGGAUGACAAGGAACAAGUUCUCAUGAGCUUUGGAGGUACUUCCAAGAAUCCGCUUCUGAAGAACAUUACGGACUACCUCAUUGAAGAAGCAUCUGCUGAAGAAGAAGAGCUGCUCGGAGGCGUCACGGACCAAGAGGAACAGAGAGAAGCCGACGAUGCCGGUGCCACGUUAGACAAAGAUGACACCCUCAUAAAGGUCCUCGAUCGCCUCCUGCUGUACCUGCGAGUGGUGCAUUCGGUGGACUACUACAACCACAGUGAAUACGCCAGCGAGGAUGAGAUGCCCAAUCGCUGCGGAAUCAUGCACGCACGUGGUUCACCACCUUCCAGCAAGGUGACUCCUCAGGAAAUUUCCGACUACAUCAGCCACUUUGAGACAAAGAUUGCAUCCUUCCUGCAACCCUGCACGAAGCUGAGCACUGAAGAGGCAACCAGGCUGGGCAGGAAAGACCCAGAAUCAGAAGUGGAAAAAUUUGUCACAGCCAACACACAGGAACUCGCCAAGGACAAGUGGCUGUGUCCACUCUCUGGGAAAAAAUUCAAGGGACCAGAGUUCGUUAGGAAACACAUCUACAACAAGCAUGCUGAGAAGGUGGAUGAAGUGAGGAAAGAGGUGGCGUAUUUUAACAACUACCUGAUGGACGCUAAGCGACCUCAGCUCCCGGAGCAUCCAGCCAAUCGCGGAGGAGGCAUGCGAGGUCCAGACCAUGGUGGAAUGAUGGCUCCAUUUCAUGGCGGCUUCCCCCCGCCUCCUCCUUUUGGGUUCGGUCGUGGCCAUGGACCUGGCUUUCCAGGGUUUGGAGGCCGUAACUUCCCUGACAUGUACAGAGGAGGUUUCAAACGCAACAAUUAUGGACGCAGAAGUCCACGUGGAGAACCCAGAAAACUCGUCACCUACAGAGACCUAGACGCGCCGAAUGACGUGGACUUUGCAUAGAUUUAACCCUGUGACGCCCUCCCCUCCCCCGAGUCACCUAUAGGAGGAAGUAAUGCAGCGGGUCGCGUGCAUGACUUCACGAGUUCCAAAUUAAAAUCCCGCAGGGCUAAGAGAACGUCGCACCACUCACGUGUGUGGCAAAAACUUUUAUUGUCGUUCACGCCUGCAGAGUUGCUGCUGCGUGACACAGAAAAACGGGUUUAACAACAGUGACGGGAUGACUUAGGAAUCGUUUGUUUGCUAAAUGCACAUUCCGUCCUGACUGAUUCAUUGUUGGUAGUGGCCAGAUGUACAAGACGACAUGGCUGUUGGGGUGUUUGUGCUUCCAUUCCCCUCCUGAGUGUUUGGUGGUUUCCUUGAGGGGGGGAGGAAAUGUGUUUGGAAGGGAAAGUGGGUGAGCCAUCAGACAUGCUGCCACGGGUGGUAGUACAUGCUCUUGUUUUUUCAUCUCCCGUCAGAGAAAUAAAUUCGUUUUAGUUGCA